AUGUCGCGCGUCGCUGUCUCCCGCCCCACGCGCCUCUGUCCCGUCCUCUUUGCGUCCGUAGCGCGCGCGUGUCUCGCAGCGGCCGAGUCGCAGGCCCUGUUCGGCUACAGCUACGGCGACGGCCGCGAGCGAUCGGAGACCGCCAGUCUCGACUUCUACCCGCUGGCCGACCGCGGCUGUGCCUUGUGCCGCAACGAAGAGAACUGCUCGUUGGCCGUGCACAACGAGUCGACGGGCGUGUUCUGCGGGGACGUGCCGUCGACGUUCCAGCCGUGCUGCUGCUCGUUCCGCAACGAGUGCAUGACGACCAUCUUCUCCAACUCGUGCGUGUGCUACGACGGCGCGCGGGAGAAGGAGAUCGUCACGACGCGGUUCUACCUCUUCCUGGGGCUCUCGAUCGUCGCGUGGGGGCUCCUGCUCUACGACAAGAUGUGCAAAGGUCCGUACAAAGUCACGAACAGCAACCGCCAUCAGCAGCUGGCCAGCUCGCCGUCCGCAGUGCCGAUCGCCAGCCGUGUGGACAGCGCAGUGGAGGGUGAAGACUCGGAGGGUGAACAAGAGGAGGCGAAUGCCGUCACAAGUGCUGUGGCCGUUGCUGACGCUGUUGCUGUUGCUGACGCUGUGGAUGUCGAGAGCGGGCGCGAUAGGGUUGGGGAGACAGCUGUUGCUGAAUCUCAGCGGCCUCAGUAG